GAAAAGAUCAGGCUUCUAUGCCCUCUCUCCAUCUUAAUUCUCUCCAUAAUCUCUUUAGUUUACAACAUGGAUAUAGUUAAAGACAUGUGUCAAAUUUUUGAGGGGACGGUGAGUUAGCUAUGAUAGAGAGUUAGCUAUGAAGGAAACCCAUAACGCUUUCAUUACAGGGCAAGCAAAGCAAAGUCUUGAGAGCUCAAAAACAUCAAUAUGGAACCUGAAAGCAAGCCAAGUCUCUCUGAACUCAGCAGCACAGCAGCAUUAGGAGAUUACGUUCUGAUAUCAGAGGUUGGGGAAGGCUCUUUCUCCAGAGUGUGGAAAGCCGUGCACAGAGAAAGUGGGGAGGUGGUGGCUCUGAAGAAGGUCUUCCUCUCGCGGCUCAACAGGCGCCUCAAGAAUUGCUUGGAUUGCGAGAUCAAAUUCUUGUCCUCUAUUUGCCACCCCAACGUCGUUCGUCUCCUCAAAGCUUUCCAGAAUGAAGGUUGCAUAUUCCUGGUCCUGGAAUUCUGCAAUGGGGGAAAUUUGGCAGCCUAUAUUCGGCAACAUGGGAGAGUUCAUGAACAGAUCGCUAGGAAAUUUAUGCAGCAGCUUGGGGCUGGUUUGGAAAUACUACAUUCUCACCACAUCAUGCAUAGAGACUUAAAACCAGAGAACAUUCUACUCUCUCGCAGUGACGAUGAUGCAGUGCUAAAGGUAGCUGAUUUCGGUCUCUCAAGAAGUUUACAUCCAGGUGAUUAUGCGGAGACAGUUUGUGGAUCCCCAUUAUACAUGGCACCUGAAGUUCUUCAGUUUGAAAGAUAUGAUGGAAAGGUGGACAUGUGGAGUGUUGGUGUAAUUCUUUUUGAGCUUCUUAAUGGUUGCCCUCCUUUUCCUGGUAGGACUAAUGUUCAGGUGCUUAAGAACAUCAAGUCAUCUACAUGUCUCCCUUUUGACCAACUCAUCCUUUCUCGGUUGCAUCCAGACUCUGUUGAUAUAUGUUCAAAACUGUUGUCUCGAAAUCCAGGACCAGGAUUCUCUACCAGGUUGGGAUUUUAUCUGGUUAUACCAGGGUAUUAAUUGUUCUAUUCUUUAAGGAGUUUAUGCAUCUUCUCCAAGCGCUCAGUCUUUCAACCCUGCUGAUACCUAGAGCUAAGAUCAAAUCCCAUUACCUCUACAAAUCAAUUCUCUGAAUGCAUGUAAGGGUGAAUAACCUCUAAUUUUGACUUCGUACAAGGAAAACAAAAUUAUUAUAAAUAAAAAAACUCAAUCUGUCCGACACCCAAAUUUCCCACAUCGAAACCCUAUUUCAAUUGUUGAGCCAUUCAAAUUUUUUUUUUUGUUUGACUCUAAACUGUUAAUGUUAAGAAGAGCCGAUAGAUUGAAAACAGAAGAUACCUGAUGUGCCUAAAUAACUACAUAACGAAAAACUGUCAUGGAAUUCACUGCAUUUAGAUUCAAACUAAAGCUUUCCUCAUUAGCCAUCUAGAAGAACAGUUGCACGUUGAAGAUGAGUGAAAUUUUAGGGUAUACAAGUAGAAUUCGUAAAAGGUUUUCAUUGUUUGAAGUUUCAUUAGUAAAAUUUUAUUGAGUCUUACAUAUCAGGUUCAAUACCUUGCUCUUGCAUGUUGAGGAUAAUUGAGUGAUUUGAAUUUUGAUUAAAGAAAAUCAAUAUAGAUGAGAUUUUUGUAUCUGCGCUUCCCAAUUUCAGUUUAUUGUCUAUGUGAGCAUAAAGUUGAAGUUUUAUUCAUUCGGUAUUGUGGUUUUCAUGGAGAUGUAAUGUAACCUAAAAAUGUUGGUGAGACAUUGGUUUGAUGGUUCUAGCCAUAGGGACCAUGAAUUUAGGUGAUUUUUCUCUGUUAUAGUUGUAGGGAAACAAUAUGGGAGGCUGAGUGUUCUCUUCAAGGUCAAGGAGGAGCAUGAAAGAAGAGGAUAAGGGCUGUGAGACAGUGCAAAUGUCAUUGUAGUCUUAACCGAAAAUAAACUUAAACAUUGCAGAUAUGGCACAAUCCAAACCGUAGAAGAUUCUGGUACAUGGGUUAAAAGCAUGGUAUAACCAUGUAGGAUCCCAAUCUGGUCGAGGCUCUUGGUCCUCUGUCUUUAUGAGGAAGCCCCUGACUGAUUGAUGCAUUAUUGCAGUUCACCGCCUGUCUUUCCAUGAAUUUUAUUCGCAUAGGUUUUUCAAGGUUUUUGAGAAGAGUUGAGAUGUAAAAACAAUUAUCGGAACUCAGAUGCAGUUUGGAAUCUAUAUAGAAAGUGCUUUUACUGAUGAGUUUGAUUCCCAAAAGGCGACAAGGCACCAGUUGAGAUCAAGUUCCAAAAAGAAAAAUUGUGUUAGAAGAGGUUUACUGACUGGGAACGUCAAGAUCUUCAAGCUCCAUCACUUUUCCAUGGAUCGUGAUGUCUUUAGGCUCAUUCCUUUUGUUUGGCCUUGAAAGGUGCAUUUUUGCAUUUUAGAGAACUGUUUUCGUAGUAACUCUGAGCUUAGAAGUUAGAAUUGAAUUUCAGAAAGUCUGCCUUGAUUGUAAUAUCUUGAGUCAUUUGGUUCCAUAAAGGGCAUGUUCAUGAUAUUAUAGAAAUCCUCCUAUGAAAGUGAGAUUGCUCGAGUUCUACUUUUGUUGCUCCUCUUCUUGGAUGCUCAAGACCAAAAGCAUUAGUUAAAAGAGGUAUUAAUACGUAAUAUUGAUUUUGCAAGCUUAGUUCUUCUUAGGUGUUUAUUUUAUUUAAGGAUCCUAUUUCAUUCAAUGAAACAAACGCUAACAGUUAGUUCUUUUUCAUGUGGAAA